AUGCCCGGCCACGUGUACGCCACGCGCGCGGCACUGCCCGUCGCCGCGUCGGGCCUGCUCUGCGCCUGCGCCUGCACGCUCAUCGCCAUCCGCGAGCCGCCGCACGAGCGCGGCAAGCUGGCCGAGGUCUACGGCCCGCUGCCGUUCAAGUUCCUCAUCAUCAGCGGCAGCGUGCUGGCGCUGACGGGCGCCUACACGCUCGUGCUCGCCGUGCUCGCCUUUACGCGCGGCCUGCGCCUCUUUGGCGCACGCACGGCGCUGCACGGCAAGCUGCUCGGCGGCGCCGCGCUCCUCGUGCUCGUCGCCCAGGCCACGACGCUCGGCAUCCUCUUCACCAACAGCGGCUUCACACCGUACAACAUUGCCGUGUGCGGCUUCGGCGCGCUGUGCAGCAUCUUCGUCGCGCUCGCCGCCGUGCAGGUGGCGCGCGCCGCCAAGAGCAUGGCCGAGCGCGACUCGCUCGGCAAGGGCGGCUCGCCGUACAUCACGUCGCCCUACGGCGGCGCACGCCCGGGCAGCUGGGAGAAGAGCUCGCACUUCUCGACGACGUCGCUGCUGCCGCACGCCGACCUGCCCGCGUCGCCCAGCUCGCCGACGCUCUCCGUGCCCGGCUCGCCCGGCCUGCCGCGCUCGUCGACGAGCUCAUCGCUGACGCCCGGCGCCCACAACACGAACCGCUACUCGUGGGUCGCGCCCGGCGCGCACGGCAGCCGCCCGCAGGUCUCGACGCCGCUGCAGCAGACGUGGAGUGCCGACGACGACCGCAGCGUGCGCCAGCGCCAGAACUACCCCGUGGCGCCCGGCACACCCGAGGCUUCCGCACACGAGGCGCCGUCGUUUGACUUUGGCGGCGCCGCGCAGAGCACCGCCUCGCUGCAGCAGCAGUACCAGCAGCAGACGCGCAACCAGCAGCGCUCCAAGCCCGCCGCACGCUCGGCGGCGCAGACGCAGCAGCAGCAGGCGAACCGCAACUCGAUGGCGUACGAGCAGCAGUACGACCAGUACGCGCACUACAAGACCACCCAGCUCUCCGCCGCGCCGCAGACGCCGACGCUGCAGCAGCCGCCGCAGGCGCAGGCCAACACGUCGUACCGCCAGCCCGCCAGCCCGAGCCCGCAGCGCCAGAUGUCGGGCGACCGGCCGGCACGCGCCAACAGCAAGCCGGCGCCGUACGGCCAGCGCGCCUACGUGCAGCAGCCGCCCGUCGACAACAUCGCCACGUUCCACCACGACUACGUCGACGAGUACGCACGGCCCAGCUACGAGCAGCAACACUCGCAGCAGACGCAGCAGCCGUACGGCAGCAAGCCGAAUGGCAGCGACGUGUGGAUGGCACGAUGA